AUGCCUGUGAGACGCGGUCAUGUUGCGCUCCAGAACACCUACCUGGAUACUAUCAUCAGGAAAUUCGACGAGCAAAAUCGCAAGUUUCUGAUUGCCAACGCCCAGACGAAGAACUGUGGCAUCAUCUACUGCAACGAAGGCUUCUGUCAGAUGUUUGGUUUCGCCAGGGCAGAGAUCAUGCAGCAGCCCUGUACCUGCCAGUUCUUGGUGGGACCCGGCACCAUGAAGAGUGCCCUGGCCCAAGUGGCUCAGGCCCUGCUUGGCUCAGAGGAGCGCAAGGUGGAGAUCCUCUACUAUGAUAAGGAAGGAACCUGUAGACCAUGCCUGGUAGACGUUGUCCCUGUAAAAAACGAAGAAGGUCUUGUGAUCAUGUUCAUCCUCAACUUCCAGGAGCUGAUUGAUCCUUCUAUCAAGAAGUCAGGCCUCAGGCAGAGAGUCUCCCAAGGAUUGAUUUACUGUCAGAAUCGCAGGUUGAGGAUGAGGCUACCGGUGCUGCGGUCCAUGCGACAACCUUCACUUUCCAAAGAUCAGUUUGAAGGAGUGGUGGUGGACUACCUGCAGCCAAACAGCGAGGAAGUCCCCCUCAAAGAGUUUCGGAUCCCAUCCAAGGAGAGCUGCAUGCAGUCGGAGACCGAAGCCCUGAUAGAACAGGACCUUGAUCCUCCGUCACCUGCAGCCCAGCCCUCCACCAAGCGGCGGUCCCUGCUGACAGACCGCCUGGACCCCAGCAACGCCUUCCCCAGAGAUCCGCUACCUUGGAGCUGUUCUCGGGAGAGCGUCCGCAGCCUUCGACGCGCCUCGUCACUUGACGACAUCGAUGGCAUGAGGGCGGAAUGGAGCAGUCGCCCUGGGGACCUCCAAACCAACAGCAAUCUUAAGCCGAGCGCUCUGAACUCUACGUCGGACUCAGACCUGAUGAGACAUCGGACCAUCAGCCGCAUCCCUCAGGUUACUCUCACCUUCGGCUCGGACCGGUUGAGACCACCUUCGCCCACUGAGAUUGAAAUCAUUGCACCCAGCAAGAUUAAAGAUCGAACCCAGAAUGUCACUGAGAAGGUCACUCACGUCACUCAGGUGUUAUCCCUCGGUGCUGACGUUCUGCCAGAGUACAAGCUGCAGGCCCCACGCAUCCACAAAUGGACCAUCCUUCACUACAGCCCCUUCAAAGCGGUAUGGGACUGGGUCAUCCUGCUGCUGGUCAUCUACACCGCCAUCUUCACACCGUACUCGGCCGCCUUCCUUCUCAACGAGGUGGAGGAAGAGCGGAGGAGAACUUGCGGCUACACCUGCAACCCGCUCAAUGUGGUGGACCUGGUGGUGGAUGUCAUGUUCAUCGUGGACAUCCUCAUCAACUUCAGGACCACCUACGUCAACCACAACGACGAGGUGGUCAGCCACCCGGGACGCAUCGCGCAGCACUACUUCAAAGGCUGGUUCCUCAUUGACAUUGUGGCGGCCAUCCCCUUCGAUCUGCUCAUAUUCCGCACCGGGUCUGAGGAGCCUCAGACAACCACUCUGAUUGGAUUACUGAAAACAGCCAGACUGCUCAGGUUGGUACGAGUGGCCAGGAAGUUGGACCGCUACUCAGAAUAUGGCGCUGCGGUCCUUUUCCUCCUCAUGUGCACCUUUGCCCUCAUCGCUCAUUGGCUGGCCUGUAUCUGGUACGCCAUCGGCAACGUGGAGCGCACCGGUUCUGCACGCAUCGGAGGCUUGAAGAUUGGCUGGCUGGACAACCUGGCUGAACAGAUUGGUAAACAGUACAAUGACAGCGACGCAGCCGCGGGCCCCUCCAUCAAAGACAAGUAUGUGACAGCCCUGUACUUCACCUUCAGCAGCCUGACUAGUGUGGGUUUUGGGAACGUCUCACCCAACACCAACCCAGAGAAGAUCUUCUCCAUCUGUGUCAUGCUCAUUGGAUCUCUGAUGUACGCCAGUAUCUUUGGUAACGUGUCGGCAAUCAUUCAGAGACUGUACUCAGGCACGGCCCGGUAUCACACCCAGAUGCUGCGGGUCAAAGAGUUCAUCCGUUUCCACCAGAUCCCAGGAAGCCUGCGACAGAGACUAGAGGAGUACUUCCAGCAUGCCUGGUCCUACACCAACGGCAUCGACAUGAACGCUGUUUUGAAGGGUUUUCCUGAGUGUCUGCAGGCUGACAUCUGCCUCCAUUUGAACCGCAGCUUGCUACAGAACUGCAAAGCUUUUCAGGGUGCCAACAAAGGCUGCCUGCGGGCUCUGGCAAUGCGAUUCAAGACCACCCACGCUCCGCCGGGUGACACUCUGGUCCACAGUGGGGACAUUCUCACCGCUGUCUACUUCAUUUCCAGAGGCUCUAUAGAGAUCCUCAGGGACGAUGUGGUGGUGGCCAUACUAGGAAAGAACGACAUCUUUGGUGAAUCCAUCAGUCUGUAUGGGAGGCCAGGUAAAUCCAGCGCUGACGUCAGGGCUUUGACCUACUGUGACCUUCACAAGAUCCUGAGAGACGACCUGCUGGAAGUGCUGGACAUGUAUCCAGACUUUGCUGACAUGUUCUGGAACAACUUGGAGAUCACCUUCAACCUGAGAGAUGCAGAUAGAAUACACCAGCCAACCCCAGGCAGGGACUCUGAAUGUGGCUACCGCCGGACGAGGCAUCGGAGAAGCUCCCUGCGUCGCCGAAACCGACCAGAUGGCAUGGACCGUGAAGACUCUUACCCCGAUCAGUCCUGUCCAAUGGCAAACCACCACCAGGGAACGAUGGCAGGAUCCCAUUGGGAGGACCUCUGCAGCAGCGCUAGCAUCUGUUCACAGUCUAGUGAUGAGGAGAUGAAGCCCAUGGGACGCAGCAAAGGGGAGCUGUACCCCACCAGGGGUGACACCAGAGACUACCCCCCAGCAGUGGUCAACCUCCUACCUCAUAGUGGACCCUCGGCUGGGAUGGGACCGCCUGUAGACCUCGGAGGACCACCAUACUCAGCAGCAGCCCCAAUCAGCAUGUCAGGUCUGUAUAGCUACUGGCCAGACCGCAGAGCCAGUCAGUUCUCAGAGAGUCAGAGACGACAGUCUUCAGUCAGGGCCAGUUUCCACCCACCACCCUGCGCUGAACAUCGGCCCAGUGAGCUGGAGUCCAGACUGGAGCUGCUGCAGUCCCAGUUAAAUCGGCUGGAGACUCGUAUGACAGCAGACAUCAAUGUGAUCCUGCAGCUCCUCCAGAGGCAGAUGGCUCCGGUGCCUCCGGCCUACAGCGCUGUGUCCCCCGGCCCCCCCCCCCCCCCCACUACCCUGUACGGCACAGGGGCACCCACAAUCCACACGGUCCCUCCGGUCCAGCCUGUACAGAUCGACAGCACUGCCUCACUCCUGCAGAGUCCAGACUCUGACUUCAACCACAAAGACAAGGACUCCCUGUCCAGCGGGAUCCAUCUCACUGUGGCCUCUGAUGACACAGUGUCCAUCUCGCCCGACGCCGACCCACCACAUCUGCCCUCUGUGGACCUCACAAGUCCUAAAUUUUCAGGGGGCCAAGAGCUUCCUGGACUGCUAUGUGUCAGCCAGCGCUUCCCCUCCCUCCCUGAGCACCUGGAGACCCCCACAGAGAUGCAGGAGAUCCAGAGGCAUGUCUCCAACCCUGUCUUGCCAGGCAGCUAG